UCAACUCCUAUUUAAAUGUCAACCGGCUUCUCUAUAAACUCCAACUCCCUUUCUUCCUCCUUCGUCGUGCUCUCGAUCUCAGGGUUUUUCUUGGGUUUUACAUUUAAUUCUCACCGUUAUUCCACAAAUCCAACCCUACAGUUUUCAUCUUAUCACUCCAUUUUUCUAAUUGUAAUCUUCAUUUUUGCGAUCUAGGGCUUUCUUCUUCUUCAAUUGGGUACUUGAUUCUAUUAUUUUUCCCGAUUAAAUCCUCCCCAAGUUCUUGUUUCAUUCAAUUUCCAGUUUAUAUGGUACCUAUUGUGACUAAUGGUAUAUAAGUUGAAGACCCAUUUGAGUUUUCUUGAGUUUUUUGGUUUUUCUUAACGGGAAUUUUGUUUUCAAUUCGACGUCCGACGUAUUAGGGUUUUCUCAGAUGUGGAAAUUUUUGAGCUUUGGAUUCUUUCUGUUGGUAGCUGUGUGAUGCUUUGUUCUACUGAAAUUUGUACCUUUUCUCCAUCUGUGUAUAAUCUUCUACUUUUAGACUGUUGUUUACGUCUGAUUUAUGAGAGAUAGUGAAGUACGUGGGCGAUUUUUUCCAUCAGCGUUUGAUUUUGGGAGUUUUAGCGAUUUUGGUUGUUAUCCUUGCGGCAGAUUGAAGUGAUAUGAAUAUUUGAAUAUGAGCGAUGGAGGUGGGGAGAGUGGAAAAGUACAUGAACGACCAAAGACGAGAAAGAAUUUGGGUAGUGAAGAUUUCCCACGGGCGCUUGCUAAGAUUGCAGUAGCUCAAAUAUGUGAGAGUGAAGGGUUCCAAAUUUUUCAGCAAUCUGCUCUUGAAACACUGGCUGAUGUUGCAGUUCGGUAUGUUCAAAACAUGGGAAGCACUGCAAAUUUUUGUGCUAACUUUGCUGGUAGAACAGAGUGUAAUUUGUUUGAUAUAAUUCAAGCAUUGGAAGAUUUGGGGUCGGUUCAAGGGUUUGCAGGUGCUUCGGAUAUCGAACAUUGUCUUGCAAGUUCCAGCACAGUUAAAGAGAUUGCUCGUUAUGUAGCUCAAGCGGAAGAAAUCCCAUUUGCCUACUCAGUUCCCAAAUUUCCGGUUGUGAAAGAGCGAAAGUUGAGGCCUAGUUUUUUGCAAAUUGGGGAAGAACCUCCAGGAGAGCAUAUACCUUCUUGGUUGCCUGCACUCCCAGAUCCCGAAACGUACAUCGAGUCCCCCAUUGUGAAGGAAGAAGUAGUGGAGCCUCAAACAAUUAAGACUGAGCCAGAAAUACAAUGUAGAAGUUCAGAGAAAUCCUUCCGGAAUCUUCAGCAGUGGUUGUUUUGCAAUGGAUUGGAAGGAUCCCAAAGAGAAGACCCUAGAAAUGCAGCUAUGACAAAGCAAAUACAAGAAAGUAACCCUUUUCUUGCUCCCCCCCUGCAAUUUGGCGAGAAGGAAGUUUCUUCUAUUGUUCUUCCAAAUAAGGUCUUGAACAAUUCAAGUACAGAAUAUCAUGUCCCUGUCAUGGAGAAUUGUCAUGUGGAUACACAUGUCUCAGUGCUGGAGACUUUUGCUCCUGCUAUUGAAUCAAUAAAGAACAAUUUCCACAUGUCCGAGGAAAAGUACUCUCUGAACAGGAAAUCUACUGUACAGUUUAAGAUUGGGACUGGAAAGAAGGCGGCAGGUAGCAUGAUAGAAUUGACAGCGCUAAACAAUGGUGUGAAGAAUUCUUCGUCCUGGUUUGUAGGGGAAGAUGAGAAGGAUGACAAGAAAAGAAAGGCCGAGAAGAUUCUGAAGGACUCAAUGGAGAACUCGAAUGAGCUAUCUCACUUGUAAUUAGGUUGCUUGAUUGAAAUUGUACACGGAAUUUAGGAGUCUGGCUGCAGUUUUUCAUGGUUGUCAAAAACCACUGGCAUUGUAUUGUCUGGAUAUUAGCUUAUAGAAUGAAAGAUUCAAAUUUGUGGAAA